AGAGGGUGGGGGGGGGGUUUCGCGGCCGUGUUGCGUGAGGCGCUCUGUGAGCUCGGUGCUGUGCGCGCUCACACACGCGGCGCAGUCUUGUCAGUCAAUACUCGUUUUCCUUAACCAUUGAUAAUAUUAACAAUCGUUAUAUAUGUUAUUUAUUUGUAACCGGCGCACGGCACCAAGGAGAGCACGUAAACACGUCGAAACCUUAAAAAUAACAGACUUUUUUUUGGGGGGCGGGGGGGGGGGCGGGAUUUUGUUUAACCCAACAAAAGUUAUAUUUAUAUAUUGCUGCAUAAUUUAUGAAUAAUACACUUGAUAGGAACAGACGCGAAGAUUAUUGUUAUAAUAAAGGAACACGUGUGUGGUAAAAGCUGGUAAUUAUUGCAAUUUUUUUUCCGUAUUAAAUGCAGUUUUUUUAACGGGAAUAGCAAACGAAACGUUAUACGUAAUUAACUAAGAAAAAAAGUUAAAGUAAAAUUAGCAAUAAUAUAUAAAUGUAACGCAAAAGUAAGAGGCAGUGACCGUAACAAAGUAAAACGUGUACAGCAGUAGAGCACCAAUACCAUUGGCUGCUGCUGCUGUUGUUGGGGGGGAACACGAGCUUAAGAAAUUAAUAAAGGCCACGAAUAAAAUAGAAAAUAAAUUAGAAAAUAAACAUUAAAUUACAAACCAACCAUUUUAAGUCGAAGACAAUUGCUCAGACUACUCUACAUAAUUUCAUCUUCGUUUAACAAAAAAAUAAUUCUUAAGAGAACAGGAAGAAGGGGACGAACCACCAUCGGUUAACCACCCACCCACCACCAUCCCCAACAUCUAUAAAGUUUGUGAGACUUUAACUUAAACAACUUUUCGGCGACUUGGCCGAGGACGGGAGACGAAGGGCAACAGCAGCAGCAAGAAGCCAGUGAAGGAAGAAGGCCCCCCCCACACACACCAGAAGGAAUGGAGCUGAUAUGCGGCGAGGGAGGACGCAUCAAGAGGGCUUACGUGGAUGGGCACCUCCUGCAAGACAAGAGGGUGUUGCCCAACUUGCUGAGCGUGGAGGAGAGAUACGUGCCCAGGGCGUCAUACUUCAAGUGCGUGCAGACCGACAUCCAACCCUUCAUGCGCAGGAUGGUCGCCACGUGGAUGCUGGAGGUAUGUGAAGACCAGAGAUGUGAAGAGGAGGUCUUCACCUUGGCAAUGAAUUAUUUGGACCGGUUUUUGGCCGUAAUGCCCAUGAAAAAAAGCCACCUUCAAUUGCUCGGAGCCGCGUGCAUGUUCCUGGCUUCCAAGCUUCGAGAAACGAUCCCCCUGACCGCCGAAAAGCUGUGCAUCUACACGGACAACUCCAUCAGACCCCAAGAGCUGCUGGACAUGGAACUACUGGUGCUGUGCCGGCUAAAAUGGGACCUGGCUGCCGUAACGCCGCACGACUUUUUGGAGCACAUACUCAGCAAGUUGCCCAUACCAGCCGAGAAGCUUCAGCUCAUCCGCAAACACACGCAGACCUUCAUUGCUCUCUGUGCCACCGACUUCAAGUUCGCCAUGUACCCGCCCUCCAUGAUCGCCACGGGCAGCGUGGGGGCGGCCGUACAGGGCUUGCGGCUCGACCGGCUGGACGAGCGCCUGUCGUUUUCCUCGCUCACCGACACCCUCGCCAAGAUCACCAACAGCGACGCGGACUGCCUUCGGGCCUGCCAGGAGCAGAUCGAGGGCGUUCUCGAGGCGAGCCUCCGGCAGGCUCAGCAGGGCUCCCCGGAGUCGCGCGGCGUGGACGAGCUCGAUAUCGCCGGCACCCCCACGGACGUGCGAGAUGUCGCACUCUGACCGCACCCGGUGGUUUGUGGCGCGGGGGGGGUGGGGGGGAGGCGUUCGACUCGACCCCUCCUGACGAUGAUCCUCCCGGCGAAAACGAAAAACCAGGAGAGAAGAAACUCAACGCCGCUACCGCCCCUUGUGCUCGCCCGACACGCUGCUUGAUAGCGGCGUCGCAAGGGGCCGGGGGUGGAGAGCUGCUGUGCUUCGGUUUUGUCCACACUGCCUGCUGCUGCUGCUGCUGCCGCCGCCACCGCUGCCCGAUUGAAACCGCACAGCCCCACGAUGGGAGGGGUGCCGUGGUGGGGUGGGUGGGGGGCCCGGGGCCGCCUUCGUCCGAGCCAGCAUCACUGCCCUUGAAGUCACCUUUUGGACGAAUUGAAGCUGUUCCAGGUUGUGGCACGUUACGUUUUAAUUUUUUUCCCUCUCCCCAUCUCCUCUCCCCAUCUCCUCCACCAUCACAACCCCCCCUGCCACACCCUCACCAUUUUCUCUUUUAACGUCCACUUCCCUUGCCAUUCUCACGUCCAGUUUCACUUUGGUCUGGUUGGCACCGUAAUGUUUCCAUUAAAGAGUUUUUACCCCCCCCCCCCCCCUUUUGCCUUGAACUCCUGCAAGAAAACGAAUAUGAAAUGGUGGACGGCAGGAAGAGAAAGACAUUUACGCGAAGACAAGUUGAAUUGUUUAUUAUUUUUGUUUCAUGUCUACCAGGCCGAAUUUUUGCCCUUGUUUGUUAGCUUGCGACUGAAUUUCGUUCGAUGGUCAUUGUGUUGGACUGAGAGAGACCGUAAGUUAAAAGAUGAAUUUCUAAGCAGCGAUGUCUGCGUGUACGCGUGUGUCCCUGGGGUUGAGCGGCUGAAAGGUUGUGUUAGCACCAAUGACAAAAAAACCCUUGAUUGUGAUUUUUCUUGUCUUUUUUUCGUGAAAAGAAAUUUAAAGUAAAGAUGACCUGCCCCCCUCUAUUUUUAUAAUGAACGCGUGCGAUGUGGUCUGUGUUGUUGCCCUAUCGUUGGUGCCCGGGAAGACGGCUAGCUAAGCAACGUUUACACCUUAAUUGAGUAGACAAGAACUGUCACAACAGAGAGGAGUGUACAAUAUGUAUAAAGAGCAGCUUUUAAGAGACGUAGGAUGCCGAGAAGUGCGGAGAAAGUGAUUGUAGGUAAGUUGCGAUGUUAAAGGAUGUAGGUAAAGUAGACUAGAGUUUUGCAGACUGGAAGGUUUUUGAGGGUCAGACGAAUAGUUUUGUUUUGAAGUGGCCAUUCUUUUCACGUUUAAAUUAUCAGUUAAUGUUUUUUUAUCCUUUUGUACUUGCUUGGAAGGUUCAAAUAAUGGUUUAAAUUUGGGCCAAUACUUUUUUUCAUCCAUUCUGGUGAGAUGUAUUUUGCUAAGCUGCAUGCGUAUUAACAAUAUGCCGAGUGUUAAUAUGCAUAGGCUUUUGUGGCCAAUGCUGCGAUUGAUAACUGGUGCAAAAUUGUCAUUUUCUGGCUUUUCAAUGUAAUCGGUUUCGUAAAACUAAAUUGGCACAUUUGCCCACGCGAUAACUUGAUUUUGUUUGGCAAUUUUUACGAAUAACAUGAAACCCCCCUGUAAUAAAUUGGCACGUUCUGUUUACGUGACGACAACCUUACUAAUUGUGGCUGUAUCAGGUGGAGGUGGGGGUACAACACGUUUACACGAUCUAACCCAAAACUAACAUUACCACAGAUGAACAAGACGCGUGUCAAAAUGACUGUUUGGAAAAUGGAUCUUUCGUUACGUCUUCCCCACGUUACCGCGCACGCUUGCGCUAGUUCAACUGUCGGUCGUGCAGAGUACAAUAAAGAGUUAUUGGUCCGAAGUUAAACCGUACUGAGAACGGGGUGGUUGGGGGGGGGUGGCGUAUUGUACAGGUAUGGCAAGUGGACUGGAGGAGGGUAGCGUUUGCUGGUUGCAAUUAAAUCAAUUGUGGACAAAAACAUUGUGGGUAGGGGUGAAACACAUUUACAGCUGGUAUAUAUACACACACAUACUUGCCUCUGGCCAGCUCGCCCGAACGCAGUGGCCGACCUUCAAAGACGAACCCCUUGUUAUUUAUUAAAUUAAACAAAAAAACAACGAUAACUCCCAAAACUAAAAAAAAACUAAUUGCAAAUGACUAAGAACCAUCUUAUAUGACUUCAAGACCGUGAUGCGAGGCGGUGGGCCCUGCCACUUGGGACUUGCUUCCAAAUGUCCCGAAUACUGCUGUGCCUUUCACGCAUUAGUCCUUAAGUAAUUCAGACACUUUGCAUAGCCGAUACUGCCUUAAUACGAUGGGGUUUGUCUAAAGUAGGGAUGAAUCACUUGACAUACAUGCUUAAACUUGACAAUACACCAGUGAGCAUUAAUACUAUCUUUCCUGGGUGUUUUUAAUUUAUAGCUUCUUGAAGACUUCAAUAAGGGUUAAACAUGUAUUAUUGUGCUUGUUGCUUUUCAGUAUUGUAUCAUCUUAAGAGUAAGAAAAAAUACACAAAGCAUGUGCUUAGGGGGACAAUAGUAAUAAUAUUAUUCUAAGUAAUACAAAGUUGAGUAAAGACAUGGGAGAUAAUUUGUUUAAUCUUCACGCCAGCGGAACGCUUGAACAAAAGUGAGUACGGUGCAGUGCUGGGGGGGAUCGUCGUCGUAGUUAUCGUCAGCUGGUUUCUUCGAGUGCUGCAGGGUUUGCGAUUUUUUUGUUUGCUUUUCCAUUGCAUUGGGAAAGGAAUCACUGCCAGACGUUAAGUUGCAUUAAGCCAGCUAAGUUAACUGCCGUGUAUCUGAAAGAACCAUAAAGCGCACUGAUAGCAAAGGGGGAUUUAUCCUCGGUUAAAGCCUUUGUUCACAUUUUAAUAACAAAACGAGAACUUUAUUUUUUUCGUUUUAAUCUUAGGGGGUUGUACUUCUGGGUAUUAAUAUGCGCAUAGGCUUUUAAUUUAAACUCAAUAAGUGUGUAACGCGAGCGAGUGUUUUCCUUUAUAGCCAGCAGUUACAUGCAGGUGUUUAUUUACACUUAGGUCUUGGUUAGUUUAACCAUUCCAUCAGAUCCCUCAUGAGCACUUUGUGAAUACUUGGUUGAGAAGAGGAGGAGGAGCGGGGUGGGUUCAUUGGUCCAGCGGAAAUGCUUGAUGCAUGCGGGUUUUAAGAAAAGUGGGGAGAAUUUAUUUUUUUUUCGUAACAAUUUCAAUUGUAAUAAUUGAAAAGUAAGGAAAGUAAUUUAAAGGUAACGGUGCGGACUCGUCAAUAAGAAAGACAUUCCAUUAGUUGUGGUCCCUAGUGCAUUCCCAGGUUUUGCGGGGGGGGGGGGGGGGGGUGUCAGAUCGGAUCGUAAGAUUCGGGGCAGCGUUGUCUGCUUCGCAGAACCCUCCUGCGAGAUCAAAUGCUGUAAUCGAGAAGUUUAAAUGUCUGCGUACAGCACCACAAUAGAUGCAAGGAAGGAACAAAUUUUUUUUUUAAGUGGGUUAUUAAUUUUGUUGGUUCAGUCUACUUGAAAAUUAUGAUCGU